AGCGCUGUUUGAGCAACGGUCUCGUUACAUGUAGGGUGGAUUACAAACGCUUCUUCUGCUCCUUUCAUAGAAACACUCCAUCUUACACCUAUCAACAAAGGAAACCAUGGCAUCUAAAGGUGCCAAAGAGACCCUCGUCUCCAAGUUGGGAUUCAGAUCCAACAAUUCUGGCUCAAAGGCAGAGGCAGAGCUGGAGAAAGUCCGGAAGGAGAACGCCCACUUGAGGAAAAAGAUUGACGAACAGGCCAAACGGCACGUCAAGCCCCCUGACUCAGACAAGAGCAAGCUGCUGGAGAGGAUUCUUUCCCUCGAGACGCUCCGCGAGAGGAACAAUCAGCAGCUGCUGGUUAAAGAACAGGAACUGGAAAGUCUAAGACAACAGUUGUCAGCUAAAGGAGGAGAGGUUGUUGCGUCGCUGCAGGCCCAGCUGGAGCAGCGCAGGAGAGAGGCAGAGCAGAGAGAUGGGAUGUUCCAGAACUUGUCACAAGAAACGGAAAAUCUGAAAAACAAGCUGGCCACAGUUUCUGCUCGUUGUCAGUCCCUGGAAACGCAGGCCACGAAUGGGCAUGCUCCUGCUGCAGAACUGGUACAGAUGCAAGAUCAACUCAAAGAUGCUCUGGAAAAGAACCAGCAGUGGCUGGUCUAUGAUCAGCAGCGAGAGGUCUUUGUGCAGUCAGUCGUUGCCAGAACAAUGGAGUUGGAGCAGCAACUGGCGCAGGCCAAGCAGCAACAAGAAAGUAAAGCAGAACCCAGCUCUGAGGUGUCAGCUUCAAACAACACUCAAGGUAAAGAGAAGGAGUCUGACCUGAAAAAGCACUACGAGACGAUGCUUUUAGGUGUGCAGAAAGACCUGGAGAGCCAGAAAGAUCAGACUGCCAGAGCUCUGCAGGAGUUAAGUGUGCAAAAGGAACAGACCUUGAAAGCUCAAGCCGAGCUGCAGCGGCAGAGGGAACAGGUCGGCCGGGUCCAGCAGGAGCGCUGCGUGCUGCAGAGGAAGUAUGACGACAAGUGCAGCGAGUUGUUGGCCUUUCUGAGGAAAUACGAAGAAAGGGGCAAGGAGCUGGAUGAAGCCAAGAUACAGCUGCAGGCGGAACGCCUUGGCAACAGACAAGUAGCGCACGAGGAAAGAAAGGUAUCAUCCGAAAGGACAGACAGGGUGAGAGCCGACCUGGAGAAGGUGGAGAAACGACUGGAUGAGGAGAAGAAGAGAUCAGCUGACCUUCUGCAGCAGGUAAAUAUGCUGCAGAAGUCUCUCAUCAACCAAAAUGAAGAACGACGGAGAAUUGCUGCUCUGGAACAACAGAUCCAGCUCUCUGCCAAGGACUCUGAGAAUGAAAAACUUGAUCGUCAGAGCAUGCAGGAGCAAUUACAGAAAGUGCUGAAAGAGCUUCGCAAAGCUCGUGAUCAGAUUGCUAAGCUGGAGUCUGCUAAGCAGCAGAGUGCCCGCUUUUCAGAGCCCAGCUCCCAUAAUAAUCUGGAGUUUGAGCGCCUUACUAUUAACUCUCAUGGCCCCACAUCCCCAUCUAAAGUUAUCAGCCUACUGGAUGAGAGUUUCCUGGAGUGUCCAAAGUGUCAGGCUCCUUAUCCAACCAGUCGCCACAGAGAACUCCUGGCCCAUAUUGACUACUGCUUUGCCUGAAUGAGCAGACCAGACGAGUAAUUCCCGACUCCGACAUUAACCGAAGGGGGUAGCUAGACGGUGAGAUUGGUUUUAACCAGAAUUAAGAAAAAGUUCUGAACAAAAACAGAUCUGUUUUGGCUCAACAGAUUUGUUGAGCUAAAAUGUGUCUCCACUUAUGCUUUUUUAAAAUGUACUUAUUCCAAACUUUUGUGCAUUUUCUAUGCAAAAACUAUAGGAAUAUAAUUUUCACUCACCAAGAGGGUUUAAUGAUCAGCAGCUAUUUUUUUUGUUUUGUCAUAAAUCCAUGUUAUAACUCCAGUCAUAGUACUCUGAACCAUCCAUUUCCCUUAAAAUGGGGAGGAGGGAAGAUUACGAGGCUUUUUAUUCUAUGUAUGUCAUAUUUCAGACAAAAUCAAGCCAAGAUGAAACUAUUCAUUCCAUCAGUUUUAUUUUUACAAAAAGAAGGUACUUUAAAGCAAACAAUUUAAAUUUUGUUUGACACAUUUAAACUUGAUCACCUUUUAUGUAUUUAGUCUGAAAAAAUUUGCUCCAGUUUUUUUUUUUUAAGUCAUAGCACUGAUCAUUGACACAAAAUUGGUGGAAGGCUUUUAUAUACAUAUGUUUUAGUUGUUUUCAUUUUGUGUUCAGAUUUUUAUUUUUGUGUUUUAUCUUGGUAUUUAUUCUUGGGUUUCUUAAGAGAAAUGGAAAGCUUCUAUAUAUUUUCUAGUGAAUUAUGUGUUUGCCUAAUCAUGAGGUAUCCUCCUUCUAUUUACACAUGACAGUUUAAGGGUCUCCGUUGUAUCAUAUGAAUCAAACCCCUGUAAAUGGGUCAUUUUGAACUCCCAGUUUUAAUACUUUUAUCUCUUGAUGAUGAUGGCAGAUCUUGUUAAGUAGAGAAUGUGCAGCUGUGAUUGUUUACCAUUUUAUAGUACGUACGUGAAGGACAAAAUGUGUUAAAUUUCUACACUCCAGCUGUUGGCUAUUUUCAACAUCAUUAACUGGCGAUUACAAUUAUCAGCAAAUGUCCAGCUAAUUAACCAUGUGCCUCUUACAUUAGCACUGCCCUAGUGCUGCAGCAGCAAACCUGUUCGACUCCUUUUCCACACUUGGAUAAACAUCGCUGACCCGUGAUGGAGAUUUUUCUGCCUCACCUCCAAAUUUUUAGUUGCUUAAGUUCGACCAGACCAGAUGCAUGUAGCUGCGCAAGGCUUAACCAGUCACGUUUGUCGGGUUGUCUGUGCAUUCCUCUCUACCUUGACUUUUCAAACCUGCAGCCCUGUCAGGCUGGAAAGAGAUUGCAUGACUUAAUUCCUUGUGCUAAACUAUUUACAGCGGGGAUUACCAAAGGUCUCCUUCUCGGGAGAAAGGUGUUUAUUCCUGCAAUGUGGGCACAGAUUUAAGGCAGACAGACGUUGCUGUGAUUUUUGGGUAGCUUUGAUUUUACUAUAUUUUAGUUGAGCGCCAUCUGGGAAUUUUCUUUUUUAACCAGGUUAUGUUUUUAAGUGUUGUUUAAUGUAUCCUGAUCAUGUGCUCCUGAAUUGUUUUGCUGUGCUCAGUACUGUCUACAAAUGUGCAAUAAAGACUUAAAACUC